GACACCCCCACACCUGAUGGAAGCAGUAAUGCGCUCCAAGGUACUAGCUGUGUGUUACCGGAAGUAGUAAAUAAGAAAGGUUCACAGGCGGUGUAGUCCUAAAGGCCGCGUUAUUCCUUCAUUUCUGCGUUUCUAAUUGUGUCUUUCGCGUAACAAACUACACAUUGUUAGUUCUUCAGGAUGUCAGGGUAAACUCGUCUCAGUGAACUUGUGAAGCUUCUCAGGCUAGCUAAGCUUUCUAGCUACGAACAAAGAGACGCGGAAGUUACCACACAUAAUGCGCAUGCGUCAGUCAUUUUUUUUGUACUACGGUACCGUUUUAGUUAGGUUGCAACGAAACGAUUGCAAAAAGUUAGCAAGACGACGGAUUUGUUACCGCGUUUGUUUCUUUUCUCACCCCAGUAAUAGACAUUGUUAAUUACUGCUAAGAAAAAAAUGGUCUUAUUGUCACGUUGAAGCUUCUCGGGCUAGUUUAGCUUGCUAGCUGCUAAUAAGGAGACAACAUCAACUACUGGACGUUGUUUUCAAGAAGCAUCUGUGUGUGGUGAACAGAGCAGCAGACGUCAGUUAAGAAGAGCUGAACAGCUGGACUGGACUUCCAGGAUGGAGCAGGAGGAGCCAGAGCCCCCUCACAUUAAAGUCGAAGAGGAGGAGCCACAGCCCCCCCACAUUAAAGAAGAAAAGGAGGAGCCAAAGCCCCCCUACAUUAAAGAGGAAGAGGAGGAGCACAGCAUCAGUAAGGAGGAGGAGCAUUUUGAAGAACUGGAGGAAUUUCCAGUGCUUGGUGUCCCUGUGAAGAGUGAAGAUGAUGAAGUCAAAGGUGAAAGUGAGGAGAAGAGAGAGGUGGAGCCUCCAAGCAGCAGCUCAACUCAACACAUGACAACAGAAGCUGAUGGAGACCACUGUGGAGGCUCACAAGCAGACAACCUCUUAGCUCCACUAUCAGAUAGUGAUGAUGGUGAUGAUGAUGAAAACUCGAAGGCUGAUAUGACAUGUCACACUGACAACACACACUUUAAAUGCUCUCAGUGUGACAAAACCUUUAAUCACCGUUGCAGUCUGAAAAGACACAUGAGAAAUCACACAGGAGAAAAACCAUUCAAGUGUUCAUUUUGUGGUAAAAGAUUAUCUCGGAAGGCAGAUUUGACAAUGCACACAAGAACACACACUGGAGAGCAACCUUUUUCUUGUUCAGUGUGUGGUCUAACUUUUUUUCGAAGUCAACAUUUGAAAAUACACAUGACAAUACACACUGGAGAAAAACCUUUCACGUGUUCAAUCUGUGGUAUAGGUUUUGUACGAAAUGGAGAUUUGACAACACACACAAGAAGACACACUGGAGAGAAACCUUUUUGCUGUUCAAUCUGUGGCGUAGGUUUUGUACGGAGUGAAAAUUUGAAAACACACAUGAGAAGACACACUGGAGAGAAACCUUUUUCCUGUUCAGUGUGUGGUAAAAGCUUUGUGGAAAAUCAAUAUUUGAGAAAACACAUGAGAACACACACCGGAGAAAAACCAUAUUCCUGUUCGAGGUGCAACAAAAGCUUUUCUGACCGAACAACAUUUGUAAGACACACAAGAACACACACUGGUGAGAAAGUGUUUAGUUGCAGUGUGUGUGGUGAAAGAUUCUCUUAUAAAUACCAGCUUAACAACCACAAGUGUGCUGGUGAGAACAGCAGCAGUAAAUGAAGCUGAAGGAUUUGAAAUACGGAUAACUUUGACUUUCUAACAACAACACCACAUAUAACGUGUGACAUCAUUGUUGUGAGUGUCACACAAUCGUGUUAAUAUGCUUCUACCAUGUAAAUGCAAUAAAAGUAGAAAAAAAGCUGA